CUACGAUGAAUUUACUAUGGCCCCAUGGGCCAAGUAGCCUCUUUCUAUUUCCAUAUCUUCUCUGGUGUCUAGUCGUUGUGAUCCUAUCAGUAGUCGUCUGGCGGCUCAUAUUUCACCCCCUUGCAGAUGUCCCUGGGCCCCUGUUGGCGGCUUCGACUGGACUAUACGAGGCAUAUUACCAGUGCGUAAAGGAUGGCGGAGGGAGAUAUUGGGUCGAGAUCGAGAAGAUGCACCGACGUUACGGUCCCAUCGUCCGUAUAAACCCACAUGAGGUGCAUAUCGCGGACCCGGACUGGAAUGAGGUAUAUAAGUACUCGGCGAAGGCAUCGAAGCCGCGGUGGUUCUACCUCCUGUUCUUCGGCAAAUUCCCAAGUACCAAUGUCGCCGAGUCGCACGCGCUACAUCAGCUUCGUCGAGGCCCGUUGCAGGCAUACUUUGCCUCGACUAACAUCCAGCAAUAUAUGCCCACGAUCCUAGCACAAGUCGAUAAGCUCUGCGUUCGCAUACACGCUGCCGACGGUUGCGUUCUUAACUUAAGCGAUGCUUUCCGCUGCCUCGCCACCGAUGUCGCGACCGGCUUCGCGUUCGGCGCCCCAUUCGGACAUCUCAACGAACCGUCUUUCGACCGUAAGUUCAACCUCUCCGUCAAGAUGGUCGUGCGCACUAGCAUGUGGAGUCGGCAUACCUUUGGGUUGCUGUUGCCUAUGCUGCAUAGUCUCCCGGAGAGCAUCGCGAAGAAGAUGAAUCCGGCUUUCGGCCGGGUGAAGUGGAUGAUGGAUACUAUGACCAGCUGCGUCCGGCGCUCGAUGAACAAGCCCGAGCCCGCGCCUGGCACCCCGUACGACAUGAUACAGACGCUGAUGUCCUCGAACCUGCCGCCGGAGGAAAAGACGUUCCCGCGGCUCUUCUCCGAGGCCCGGUCCGUCAUCAUGGCUGGCACCGAGACGACCGCGACGACCCUCGUCUGUAUCACGAGCAAUCUUCUCCGCGAUCCAACGAAGCUCCAGAAAUUACGGGCCGAGUUGGGUGUUGCUGAGGAAGUGAAGGGGGGCGCGCUUGAGUAUUCGGACCUGAGAGGACUGCCGUAUAUCACUGGCGUCGUUAAUGAAGGCCUUCGCAUGGCUAAUCCGACGCCGAGUCGGCUGCCGAGGGUCUGCGAGGACCAGGACCUGAUGUAUAAGGAGUAUUUUCUCCUCAGAGGCGCAUUCAUUUCGACAACAGCCCAAGACACGCACAACGAUCCCUCCAUAUUCGCGCAGCCAUACAAGUUUAUACCCGAGCGGUGGAUGGAUCCGGAGGAACGACGACGACUGGGGCGGUACUUACAGCCGUGGGGACGCGGCACGCGGCUGUGUCUAGGCAUGGAACUUGCAACUACUGAUUUAUAUCUAACCGUAUCUCGACUAUUCGGGCCCAGCGCCGGUUUCGAAAUGUGCCUACACGACACCGUUGACGACGAUUGGGUUCCGUACCACGAGUGGUUUGCUGCGUUUCCCAGAGGACGCGGGCUCAGGGUUAGGGUUAUCAGGAAGGGAGGCGAGGGAAGGGAGAAGAACAUAUAA